CGGGCUGCGUUUUGCGCGGACACGAGAGCCCAUUCAUUUGAAUGGACUCCCGUGCCCCGUGACACGCAGGGAAGAAGUCCCGGCACUUCUUUGGAAAACGCAGCCGAGGUUCUCACCGAGGUUCCCAGUACGGUUGUGUUUUCCAGUGCGGGCGGCGUGCCAUUAGAACUGAUGUCACCCGCCCGCGGGUCCGCAAUUCUCUGUGCGGGUGAUGCGGCUGUACAGAUUUGCGUGCUGAUCCGCAGCGGCACCACCCGCACAGACGUGAACCUA